AUGGAAGUAUUUGUCUUCGUGUGCCGCAAUUGGGUUCCAACUCUUACUUCUUUAAAUAAUCCAAAUUGGCCUCGAACAACGGAAGAAAUGCAUCCGUGUUGGUUUCCUCUUAAUCCAAAUUCUUCUCAAGAUUCUCAGGUUUGCGAUUUACCCUACAAUGAGAUGUGGCCUGAUGAUAGAUUUUGGUUGCCUUCUGCUCUUAUGGGUCGUCGGUGUCUCUUAUGGUCUCAUUUUCGGCGACCUUUAUCUGUCCAGAAACCGGAGGCCUCCUCAAAAGAUCCGUUUGAACUACUUUGCUACCAACUAAAGACUUUCGAUUGCCCUAGUGAGCUUCUUGGAAUCAGCGAUCAAAGUACUAUAUUCAAUUCUACUUAA